AUGGACGCCCAGAAACAGCUUCAGGCACUUUCGGAUGAGUUCCAGCAGCUCCAGACUGAGCUUGAGAGUCUGAUCGAUGCACGCCAAAAGCUGGAGUCGCAGCAGCAGGAGAACCAGGGCGUGCAAAGCGAAUUUGCCCAGUUGGGUGACGAUUCCAACAUCUACAAGCUUGUCGGACCUGUGCUGUUGAAGCAAGAGAAGACGGAAGCAGUCAUGGCUGUCAGCGGUCGAUUGGAGUUCAUUGAGAAGGAGAUCAAGCGCAUUGAGAAGGAAAUUGAGGACAAGCAGGAAACCAGUGAGAAAAAGCGCACAGAGAUCGUGCAAUUCCAAAGUCAGGUCCAGCAACAAGCGGCGCAGGCCUCCGCCUAA